AUGGCUGAGUUUGUAGUUUCGACUGUCGUGGAAAAGCUCACAAACUGGGUCACUGAAGAAGCACUUCUCUUGGUAGGUGUGGGUGACAAAGUUGAGCAACUACGAGACGGACUGCGGUGGAUGCAAAGUUUCCUCAAGGAUGCAGAUGCAGAGCAAGAGAAAAAUGAAAGACUUCGCAAUUGGGUGUCUCAAAUAAGAGAAGUGGCUUUGGAUGCCGAAGAUGUUAUAGAAACUUACAUUGCAGAAGCAGCAUCUCACAGUUCAUGGAACAUAGCUGCAAAGUUAAUCAAUCUUUACUGGGCCGGAAAGAAGAUUGGAAAAAUCCAAUCUAGGGUCCAGAAUAUUUCAAGCCAAAAAGAACAUUUUGGGAUCACCAGCACUAGUCGAGAGGGACGUGAAGGGAUGAUUGCUUCUGCAAAUGAAAGGCUACGAUGGUGGAGACAGACACCGCCCAAUAUCGAGGAAGAUAAUUUGGUUGGUCUUGUAGAAGAUACCAAAGCAUUGCUAAGAAAACUAUCUAGCAUGGACCCUCAUGUGGUUUCUAUUGUGGGCAUGGGGGGUCUGGGCAAAACCACUCUUGCAAAAAAAUUGUACAAUCAUUCUGAUAUCACAAAACAAUUUGAUUGCAAAGCGUUUGUUUAUGUAUCUAAAGAUUACAGUAGAAGAGACACUCUACAAGAAAUAAUUGCAGCUACAAGUCCUGAUUGCAAUAUGGAGGAUUUGAAGAAACUAGCAGAGGAGGUGUUGGUAUUGAAGCUGCAUGACUUGUUGAAGGAGAGGAGGUAUCUAGUGGUGCUUGACGAUAUCUGGAAAAGGGAGGUUUGGGAUAGCUUGCAAUCUGCAUUUCCAAGAGGAAAGAUGGGAAGUAAGGUGAUGCUCACCACCCGAAAUAAGGAAGUUGCUUUAUAUGCAGAUAGCGAACAAAUUGAGCCACGGUUUCUAACACAAGAGAAAGCUUUUACUAUUCCGCAAGAAAGCAUUCCCAGGAAUGAAUGA